AUGUUUAAAUUCGUCAAACGAUUGUCGUUACUGAGCUUGAAGAUUAUAUUUUAUCUGAAACCUCAUCGACUUAACAAUCCUGGUGGGACUUUAAAUAUAUUAUACGUGAUACCGAGAUUGGAAAUUGGUGCUCGAGAGUAUCACGAUGAUGGUAAUGAUGAUGAUGAUGAUAGAUGGAAAUGGAAACUUGAUAGUUUCAUGAAGCGUUUGGUUGAGUUGAAUGACGACGAGACUAAUGAAAGUAAAGCUUUCAAUGAGAUUCAAGUCAAUGCUGAUUUAAAAGAAUUGAAUAAAAGAUUAUUCUCAUUACUCAUCGCUGAAUUUCUAAGAUUGAAUGUUGAUAAAGAUGAUUAA